AUGACUCGAAAGGGGAUCAGAUUUGAUUGGACUGAAGCUUGUGAGUCAUCUUUUCAGGAGUUGAAGACUAGAUUGACUACAACUCCAGUAUUGGUGAUACCUGAGCGUGGCUUAGGUUAUGUUGUCUUUUGUGAUGCUUCUCGGGAUAGUUUGGGUUGUGUGUUGAUGCAGGGUGACAAGUAUCAUCUGGGUAAGGCAAAUGUAGUAGCAGAUGCCUUAAGCCAGAAAUAUCAUGGAGUUUUGGAUGGGUUAACCAUUCAGAAAUGGAAGAUGUUAGAGGAUAUAGCAGAGAUGGGAUUGCAAUGUUAUGAUGAUAGUAUUGGUUGUGAGUCAGCUUUUCUGUUUAGUCUUGUGGUUCAACCUACUCUUAUUACACGGAUAAUUGAGCCACAGAGACAGGAUUCAGAUUUAGCUACCAUUCAUCAGUUGAUUUUAGGUGGGGACACAGUAAAGGACUGGACCUUACACACAAAUGGUGGUUUACGGUUCAAAGGUUUGCUUGUGGUUCCUAUGAUUUAUCGGGAGGACGUGCUACGGGAGUUUCACACUUCUCGCUUUACUGUUCAUCUAGGUAAAGGCAGAACAUCAGAGACCAGUAAGUUUAUUGCAGCCAUUAAAUGUAGCACAGUGGAAAUAGGAGUGUAUUGCUAUGGAUUUUGUGACAGGCUUCUAAGGUCACAGAGGGGUAAUGAGUCUGUUUGGUUCAUUAUUGAUAGAUUGACUAAGACAGCUCACUUUUUGCUUGUUAAGGUGACAUAUUCUGCUGAGGUACUUGGCAGAUUGUAUGUUAGAGAGAUAGUGAGGUUGCAUGGCGUUUCGGUGGCCAUUGUUUUGGACAGGGAUGCCAAGUUCACAUCGAAGUUAUGGCAAGGGCUUCAUACAACGUUUGGUUCACCGUUGCAUUUUAGUUUAGCAUUCCAUCCGCAGAUGAACGGCUAA